AUGCAGCGAGUCGCAGCGACAAAAAAAGGCCUUGCGGAUCUGCAGGGUGUGGAGGCCAACAGGGGUGCAGCACUGCCAAAAGGCAACAAGCGAGGCUGUCAACACGCUCGAGCAGGCGACACCAACAACACGGCCAUUUUAGGCAGGUUCGCAGCGCGGGUGGUGCAGCUGGCUGCAGGAAACACAGGGGUCGAGGGCCUCGUGCUCGUUCUUGGCCAUGCCCUCACCGCCCUUGCCAAGAUCGACCGAGCUCUGGCUAGCGUGCUUUCCAGCAUGAAGCUCGGAAAGUCCGUGGAUUGCCAAGGCCGCUUUGACCCGCAGGCGCCCACUCAUCCCGCGCCGACAUACCUUGCCUCGCCCCUUCAUCCCCUUGCCUUCGACCCUCGAUCUCUCACGCCCGACCCACAACUCGCUCCUUCUACGUCUGUCUUUGGAGCUGCGCGUCCUCUUUCGCUUUGCAGAAUCGAGCCAACACCAAACGACAUCGGAACUGUACCGACCCUCCCGGCUCCCCUUGCCAGCAAGUACUACGCUGACCAUGGUGCUCAAGAGGCCCGCAGCUCAUAUCCGUCGUACCCACCCGUCUCAGCAUCGUCGCCUCAUCAUCAUCAUCAACAGCACCUCAACAACGCGCGACGCUACAGCGGGGAAAGCAGCAGACCACCAUCACAGGCCGGCAGCUCCCGACCUCCUUAUGGCCAGCCACCACGCAGCCCCCUCUCCUCGCUCCCCGCACAUGGACGCGACGAAUCCGACGAAUACGAGGAGCGCGAUCUGGGCGAAAUCGCAGCCGCCAACCAAGCUGCCCAGGAGCAACGUUGGGGGCCCCACGCAGCCCUCUCCGAAGCACCCGCUCGCUUCGACGCCUAUCACGAUCCGCGCCAUGACGACUAUCAUGCUCCCAUGCCCACCAUGCCCGUUUACGAGUCCGCCCACUACGACGGUGGCUUCUACAUGGAGCCACCUGGGCUGUACGAACCAGUCCCACAGUAUCGCCCUGCUCCCAGCCUCGGUCCGCCCUCGAUAGCCUCGAGCCACACCCUCGGCGGCCGAUCUCGCCAAAGCCUGCCGGUCUACGCGUCUCCACUUAUGGCCCCAUCCGCUUCAUCUCCAGCGUCCGAGCCACCCAACAUGUUCAACGUCACCGCCGCGCACCACACGCCCGGCGGCCGUCCGCGUCCCUACGAUGACCCACGCGCUCAGUCUGGCGCCCGCAUCGGCGAUUCUUUGCCAGGAUUUCCAAACUGGUCGCACACCUGGUACGGCGGUCAUCUCUCUGCCGACGGUCAUGCCUACACCAUGGUUCCCCCCGGGUCGGGCCAGAGCGGCUGGGAGAGCGAGACGCUCAGCCACCACCGUCCCGGCUAUCCAGGAUCUCCGGGCGCCUACGGUCCGUACCCAUAUGGACGUACAGCAACGCACGAUCAAGUCAAGGAGGAACGCAUUCGCAUGCUCGAGAAGGAGUUUGGACCCAAAGUGAAACACAAGGGCAAGGGCAAAGACGCCGAUGACGAUGAUGAUGAGGACGAGGAUGAGGACGAGGUGGUCCCCAUUGGUGGCGUCAAUGCCAAAGGUCGACUGGUGCUGCCACGACGCAAGACACGCAUCACGACACGCGUGCUGCAAUGCCUCGUCUCUCUCGUUGCAGCCGGGUGCAGCAUUGGCGGCUUCCUGGCGAUCCAUCCACAGGAAAAAGCACCGCCAUCAGGCACCAUGCCUUCGUUCGUCCUCUACGGCGUCUCGGCCUUGUCGACCAUCAUCUGCCUCUACCUCUUUACCAUCAAGCCCUGUCGCUCCGGUCGCGACGCUACCGGAGGUGCUCCCAUGGGCGGCGGCGGAGCGGGAAACGGCAUGGUGAUCCCGAUCAUGGCGGGAGGCGCAGGCGGCAAGCCUGGCAAAGGCGGCAUGUUUGGCAAGAAGGGCAAGAACGCCAUGCAGCAGGGCACCACCGUGAACCUGAUUGUCGACCCAAGCCUGUUGGGACAGCGUGCCGACGAGAGCGACUCGGAGACCGACGAGGACGAGACGCUGCCGGGCGAGGAGCGUCGUCGCAAGAAGCGGCGCGCCAAGAAGCGGCAGAAGCUCGGCAUGCUGGGCAACAUGAAGCUGCAGGCGAGAUGGCGCGUGGCACGCACGAGUCUCAAGUGGGACUGUGCGUGGGAUGUGGUGAUGUGCCUGCUGUGGGGUGCGGCGGCCGUCAUGGCGCUCGGCGUGGGCAAAAAGUGCCCUUCCGGGACGGCCGAGGGCUGGUGCACGCUGUACAACAGCGCCAUCGCAUGCGCCAUCGUCGCGGCGCUUGUCGGCCUGGUCGCCAUCUACUGCGACAUUGUCGGCCUGCGCGCAUCUCGUGCCCCGCCCAAGGCACGGGUGUAG